AUGGCGAUGCCCAGAGCUAAACCUGACACAUUCAUGGUCAAGUAUGUGUACCCGUGUGGUGAGGAGAACCUAACAGAGUUCCGUCUGAGCCUCCUCCCAUUCAUAAAGGCUGUGAUGAAUGUGGAAGAGCCCAUGAGACUAAAGCCGACAUUGACCAUUUACUUUUCCAGGUCUCUCCAACAUUGCAAUCGCUGUUCAGAUUCCAUCCCAGAUUCAGAGUCCGAGACAGAGAAAGAGCCAAAGCCUACGAUUUUCUACGACUUCGAUUGUGGACAUGACUGGACGCAGGCUCUAACCCGAGAGACUCUCACAAUAUUAGAAAACCGUGGUGUUAUCCGCACCGGUAAUAGAACAGCGUAUCUCAGGGUGCGGGCAUCUCACUGCCGGGACUGUCGCAACCGUGCUUUUGACGCCCUAUUCAGCGACCUUUACACCAUCGCUGCCCCCAACGGUGCUCCGCCACCAACGAAUAUUCGCGAGGUAUUGUUGGAUCAAUUGCGACAACUGCACGAGGCAUAUACAAUUGACGUGCUUACACCUAACAUGUAUAAGCAGCUACUCGGCCUGGUGGCGCAAGCAUUCGUGGACCACCUGGGUGAUCAGUCUAUGGCUUCCUGGCUUGGGAAUGAACCCUUCAAUGCAUUUUUUGUUGAUGACUUGCGCAAGAGAAUUCGCGAGGAACGUUAUGAAGCUUCUUCGAGACGGUAA